AUGGCUUUGGACUCCACCAUACUAACUGAUGAGGAACCCUCAACUAUUACAGUAGAUAGCUCUGAAUCUGAAAAUUCUCAUUGUGAGAGAUGGAAGCGAUCUAACAGGCUGAGCUUGAACUUAAUGAGGUUGACGAUGGUGGAAAGUAUUAAUCCAUCAAUUCCUAAGACAGAGAAAGCAAGAGAAUUCAUAAAGAAAAUUAAGGAGUAUUCACAAUCGGAAUUGGCUGACAAGUCGAUUGUAGGAAGUCUCAUGAAUGAGCUAACUACGAAAAAGUUUGACUGGUCUCAACCAAUCCCCGAUCAUGUGACGCACAUGUCUAAUCUGGCAGCAAGGUUAACAACCUUAGGAAUGGAGGUUCAUGAACAGUUCUUGAUUCAAUUCAUCAUGAACUCUCUACCUCUUGAAUUUAGCCAGUUCCAGGUGAAUUUCAACACUAUUAAGGGUAAAUGGAACUUUAAGGAAUUAAAGGAUAUAUGCUAA